UUCAGGCAAGUUAUCCGUCCGUCUCAACGGUUUAUGUGACAGUACGAGCCUGUAUUGAAUAUCAAAAUUAGCAACAUACAACAUCGACACCAAUAGUGUGGAUUCAAUUCCUGCACUGGCUGAGGUUACCAUGAAGGACUUUCCUUCUCGACAUCUCUCCUCAUCUGCGGUGUGGUGACCCUUGGUUUAAACUACCACCAGUCAUCUCUCUAACAAGAGAGCAGCCCUAUAGUUUUGGGAUUGCAUUCACUAUUUUCCAAUCUCAUGGAACCUUCCCUAAGUCAGGUUGUAUUGUUUUAACAAUUCACAGCUGCACAACGAGGACUAAAAAUGAGUUGUGACUAUGUUACUCUUUCCAAUGGGCAAAAAAUGCCACUGGUUGGAUUGGGAACAUGGAAAAGUUCAGCUGGACAAGUGAAAUCAGCAGUCAGUUAUGCCCUUGAAAUAGGAUACCAACAUAUAGACUGUGCUUUUGGCUACAGCAAUGAGCAUGAAAUUGGAGAAGUCUUUCAUGAAAAAUUACAAGUCAAUAAAUCUAUCAAGCGGGAGGAUAUUUUCAUUACAUCCAAACUUUGGAACACCAAGCAUCACCCAGAUGAUGUGGAAACAGCAUGCCGUAAGACACUGGAGGACCUACAGCUAGACUAUCUAGAUUUGUAUUUGAUGCACUGGCCAAUGGCAUUUGAAUGCGGUAAUGUUAUGAUUCCGAAGAAUGAUGAUGGAACAGUGCGUUACGCUAAUAUUGAUUACAAGGAUACCUGGCAAGCCAUGGAAAAACUACUAGAAAAGGGUUUGGUCAAGGCAAUUGGUUUAUCCAACUUCAACUCAAAGCAAGUUGAUGACAUAUUAUCUGUUGCAAUUUACAGACCUGUUGUUAACCAGGUAGAAUGUCACCCAUACUUGAUCCAAAAGCAGCUCGUGGAUCAUUGUACAAAACAAAAAAUUGUUGUUACAGCAUACAGCCCUCUUGGAUCACCUGAUCGACCCUGGGCUGGCCCUAGUGAUGCAAAACUGCUGGAAGAUCCAAGAAUCCUGAAAAUUGCAGAAAAAUAUAGAAAAUCCCCAGCUCAAGUUAUUAUACGGUGAAGUGC